UCCUCCCUCUCUCGUACCCUGUGCCAGGACUGACUGCUGCGGUUGUGCUACCUGCAGCACACACACUCUCUCACACACUCUGCCUGAGCCAUGGCCCGGCUGCACGUAGCUCUCCUGGCCCUGCUGCCCAUCGUCCUCAUCCUAACUGUGCUGUCUGAGGUAGAAAGUGCAGCAGUGAAGAAUGGAAAAGAAAAAGCCAAUGAACGGCAUGCAUCAGAUGCAUCAAACGUUUUCAAGCGUCGUGGCCGCAGGUCCCCAUAUUCAUACACAGAGUAUGUAGCGGAGCAUAAGUUGCAGUCAGCUGCCUCCGAGCGCAGGAGGGAGUACUAUGAGGAGCAGAGCAAUGAGUAUGAAAACCAUCUGGAGGAGAGCCGAAAUGAGCAGUAUGAAAGGAACCGUGAGAAUGCCGAGCAAUGGAGGGAGUAUCACUAUGACGGGCUCUACCCACAAUACCCACAUCACCGCCCUUAUGUCUAAGCGUCUCAUAAAACCUUGCAUGGCUGAGGGUCAUGCACAGUUGUAGCAAUUUUUUCUUGAAAUUGAUUUAAUCUGCACUUUUUUUUUAUAUAUAAAUAAUAUAUCUAUCUCUUCUAAGUGCAAUCAUUUCAGAACAUGGUGAAUAUAUACUGCUUGCAAUCCAAUCUGAUUAUAUUCCUUCUUAACUUGCAUCAUCUGUUUUUAAUUGUAAAAAUUUCGUAAUCAUUUUGUAUGCUUUACAUAUAGUUAUAAUAAAAGUA